AAAAAAAAGUAGAGAGAGAAAGAAAGAAAGAAAGACACUGUAACAAGGACUCUCUUAUGUUUCUUUUCAGUUCCUCUCUCGGGUUUGUUGGUGUUUAAGGAAAAGGAAAAAAAAUUCCAAAGCACUUUCUCAGGCGGUGGUUGAUGUAUCUUUGUGGGGUUGUCUCUAUAUAAAGACUCUCACUUUGGUUGAAGGGGUUAAGCUAUUGAGUUUGAUACAAAGGUUUUUAGGGUGAUAGGAGAAUAAUGGAAGGAAGAAAGCAUAAGGGUACUUCUUCUUCUUCUUCUUCCUUCACUUCUGAGCUCUUUGGGUCCAAAGAUUCUCACCCAUCUUCUUCUUCUGGGAUUUUCGGGUCUAUAUUUUCUCCUCCAUUGCCUAAGGUGUUAGGGAGAGAAUCUCUGCGCGCUGAACUUAAUGGCAAAACUGCCAAUGAUACAUGGAGCUCCAAAUUUGGUACUAAAGAUGACAUCUUCAAGAGCAACGAUGGUGAUGCUCAGAACACAACAAAUAAGGAUAUGAGUUCCAUCUAUCAGGAACAAAGAGUUCAACCAUGUCACCUUAGUUCAUCAAUCUAUUAUGGUGGCCAGGACAUAUAUUUUAGUCCUCAGAGUACACAGAAUGGGGGAUUAAAUACUUUGCCCAAGAAUGAUGAAGGAGAAGAUGAUUCAGGAAGUGCUUGCAGAGGGAACUGGUGGCAAGGUUCUCUGUAUUACUAAGGUCACCCUUCCCAAGACACAUGCUCCUCCUCAAGGUUCGUAGAAGGAUAGUUUAGCAGUAUAGUGCAUCUUAUGUUAUAUGGAAGAACUAUAAAGCAGUCAGAACAUUGUGAACAGCUAGUUGUUUUCUCAGGCCAAACGACAGAAUCAUAAUAUGAAUCUGUGGUCAUAUGCGUUUCUUUUAUUUUCUUGUAAAUAUUAUUGGGUUGGUCUUCCUAUUAGUAUAUUAUAGGAAUUUUAUGUAAUCAUGUGGCUUAAACUCUUAUUUUAUUUAAUGGGAAAAAACUAUAUUUACUGGUUUCCGCUCUAUUUUGUAUUUAAGCUAUGAUUACUGA